AUGGAGGGGGCUCACGAGCACGUCAUGGAAGAGACGGGACUGUUAACAGUUCGUGUAGCCUGGACAUGGUUUGGUUGCGAACAGGUAGAAAAAGACGUGGCCGUGAUGCAAGGAGAUUCCCACGUCACUCGCGAGCAGUUGGCUCGCAAAGUGUCGAAGCUGCUUGGGGAUUUCUUUGCGGUGAAACAGGUCGGACCCCCUGAUGGCCUUCAGCUCAUUGCCCUGCAUUACAUGCAGGCAGAUAUAUUUGAGCUCGAGCUUCAUUGCAUGGCCGAACCUUCCUAG